GGUUAAAAUAAUAAUCCACAUUCGACGACGGGUCUUUGUUGGCGCAGCUAUCGAAACCGUUCCACUGUCAGUGGCGUGGUGUAUUAUUCCUCACGCAGGUACCGGGCGCAGGACGACAGACACCGAUAGCUGUAGAGAUACCUGUCAGGUGCUCGGAUCAUACCUGCUCUCACCUAUGUAAACACAGACACGUGUUAAUGUGUGUCGUGAUGGUAACCCGUCGUCUGAGGUUCGCUUCCUGGCAACAACAUGCUCAAAGAGAAUUACGACGCUAGCAGACCGUUUUCUUGCGGAUUGUCUGUCAUCCAUUAGAAGAAACAAAAACGAUGUCUGGUUUGGACACGAACAUAUCACUACUCUCUGUCACCUAAAUGCCCAGGCUUGGUCGUCCCAUACACGGCGGGUUUCCGAGGAUUGAGAAAACACAGAGCAAGGAGGAAAACGCCAUGAUGCUGAAAAGACUCGUCAAAGAUGGGUCACGUGUCAAGUUCGAGAUGGACAACCCGAUUAAAACGUCGCUCAGUCUGCCGCAUAUCUACCUCCCUCGACUUCUCAGACAGAAAACAGACAAAGAUCCAGACACCGAGCUGGGAACAGCAUUGCAGAAUCUGGCCGAUUUCACGGGUAUAGAUGCAGAGGGUGAGCUGCCGUUAAAACUGGCCAGAAAUGAAGCAAAGGAUCUUAUUAUGAGAAUAGCCAGGUGCAUGAGGACUGAGAAAAACGGAUUCGAGUUCAAACACCCGGUUCUGGUCGACUGUUACCCUCACUGGGAGCAGUCCAACAUGGAGGUGGCAUAUCUCUUCCCGGUAAUUCUGCCUCGGAUCACUCUCCGAUUCCACCAGCCUGGGUGCGUGGUCGUCGAGCUGCCCAGCAAGGCAGACAUCUGCACGCCGAGCGAGGUGUCCUCCAGCAAGUCUGAGAACGGAAUCCCGCACGUCGACCUCAACAAACUGCGAGCCAAGGACGGAACACAUCUCUCUUUGAAGAAAACCUACAUCAUGUUCGCCAAGCUCAUCAAGCGGAUUCUCAAAGUGUGCGGUGUUGUCGCGGAAAGGGUUAAAGUGGGACACUGCGAGUCUGGAUAUUACCUCACCGUGGAGCUCAUGAACUAUGGAUGGGCUGGGUGGAAGCUGCAGAUCAUCCCGGCGAUCUACGUCAAGACCAACAUGUUCCUCAUUCCCAAAAUCUUCUUUCAGGGAGAGAGCGUUCCAUCGGACAUUCACUGGCGCGUGAGCUGGGUCGUCAGGGAGAUGGAGAUCCUCGGCUGCAUCUCUCUCACGGACAAAGGCUCGCGUGUGCGCGCCCUGCGUGUCGUCUGCAAACUGUGCCAGACGGACUGGCGUCUGUCCGAACUGAGCCCGUACCACGUGCAGACGGCGCUGCUACACGAUGUCGACCACCACGUGGACACCUCGCCGCGCUGGCAGAGGUUCACGCUGGAGAAGUGCGUCAAGUCGCUGCUCGGCCGUCUGCUCACGCAAGUGCGGCGAGGGUCUCUGCCACACUUUCUCAUCGAGGGGAUCGACCUGUUCGAGCUGGUGAAUCCUCGGAAAAUGGCGUUGUGGAAGAGCGCCCUCGCGAGACUGACAUCCAGUGACAACGCCCUGCUCAGUCUGACGCACAGGGCCAUGUUAGGGGACAAGCAGACAGAGUUAUCCUUCCCGAAAUUCCUCGAUAUGUGAUACAUAUACACAACACUGUGGAGGUGUAUAUAUUCAUAAUACUGUAGCUCUGUGCAAAGUGAAUGGUUCACAGAGCUGGAUCAGCUUUAUAUGUUCACAUUUAAAUUAAAACAUAGUCAUAUA